AUGUACAUUGGUCAUUAGUUAUGCAGGGGAAUCACCCCCGGGUAUAUCUACCAAGCUCCCCGAGGAAAAGGUCAUGUAAAAGUUGGAAAUUCGACCCCGAAAACUUGUCGAUUUUAAUCUGGCUAAAGCACUUUGUAAAUAAUGUCUCGUUUGCUAAAAAUAUGGCUGUGUGUUGUUAUAUAGAAGAGCUUCCUACCUGAUACUACUUUAAAAUAAUUAGCCUUACGUUUGUUUCUUGAGAAGUGAAACUAAAAUGGCUUCGGUGAAAGUUGCUGUUCGUGUGAGACCCUUAAAUGGAAGGGAAAAUGAAAAAGGAGCUUCUGUUAUCAUCGGAAUGGAAGGGAAAAGGACAAAGAUAUCUAACUUUAAAGCAAGCGCAAUGGAGAAAGUUAAAGAGUUUACAUUUGACCAUUCGUAUUGGUCUGUUGACAGACGCAGUAGAAACUAUUCUGAUCAAGAGAAAGUAUUUAACGACUUGGGCUUGAUGAUUGUAAAGGCAGCCUUUGAAGGUUACAAUGCAUGUAUUUUUGCUUAUGGACAGACGGGCUCAGGAAAAACGUAUACAAUGAUGGGAGAUUCGGAAAAAGAUCCCGGGCUUAUUCCCAGAAUCUGUGAGACUAUGUUUGCAAAAAUGAAUGCAAACAGGGACCAGGGAGUUUCUUAUAGAACUGAAGUCAGCUAUUUAGAAAUCUACAAAGAACAUGUGAGGGACUUGCUUCGCCCUCCUGCCAAAGGGGCAGUACAACACAACCUUAAAGUACGUGAGCACCCACAAGAUGGUAUUUAUGUUCAAGACCUCACAAAACAUCUUGUCUCAGAUUUUGAGAGCAUUCAUGAACUUAUGAAAGAAGGAAGCUCAGUGAGAGUAACAGCAAGUACGAACAUGAAUGAUGUCAGCAGUCGAUCACAUGCCAUUUUCACUAUAAGUUUUACUCAGGCUAAAUUUGAUCAUGAUAUGCCAAGUGAAACAGUCAGUAAAAUUAACUUGGUUGAUUUAGCUGGAAGUGAACGUGCGGAUGCUACAGGUGCUACAGGAGAUCGUUUAAAAGAAGGUGCCCUCAUCAAUAAAUCUCUUGUCACUCUUGGAACAGUUAUAUCGCAUUUAGCCGACGUUUCAAUGCAUCCACAAAAAAAGAUAUUUAUUCCAUAUCGUGAUUCGGUGUUAACCUGGUUACUGAAAGAUAGUCUUGGUGGAAACUCAAAGACAGUUAUGAUUGCAACCAUCUCGCCUGCAGACAUAAACUACGCUGAGACCUUAAGCACGCUGAGGUAUGCAAAUCGUGCCAAGAAUAUUAUAAAUAAACCGACUAUUAAUGAAGACUCAAACGUGAAGUUGAUAAGAGAACUGAAGGCAGAAAUUGAACGUCUUAAGUCUAUGGUUGACCCGGCAGCAUUGGGAAGCGCUGAGUUGGCUGCUGCGAAGAAACUUUCUGAGAACGAAGCAAGAGUAAGCGAACUUACGGAUCGAUGGAAAGAUAGAUGGAAAGAAACACAAAAAAUUUUGGAAGAAAGAGAAAUGGCUUUACAACGAGAAGGAGUUGGAAUCAAAAUGGACUCUGGACUUCCACACCUUGUUGUUGUUGACGAUGAUCUUUUUAGCACUGGAAUUGUUGUUUACCAUUUGACGGAAGGGCGAACGACUAUUGGUCGAGAAGAUGCAAGUGUGAAGCAGGAUAUUGUAAUAAGUGGUCCAGAUACAAACAAAGAACAUUGUCAUAUCGAGAAUACUGCUGGGAAUGUUGUUAUAAAUCCUUUAUCUUCUCUUUGUACUAUCAAUGGAAACAUGAUACAAAAACCUUCCAAGCUUUAUCAAGGAGAUGUUAUUGUCUUGGGAAAGACAAAUUUAUUUCGUUUCAACCAUCCCCAAGAAGCAGCUGAGUUACGGGAGAAACGCAAGUCGAUGAACAAAAAUGGUUUGAAUUGUGCGAAUGUAAUAACGACAUUCCGCAGCGAAUCUGAUUUGUUAAGAGGAUUUAUUACAGGAAGUGAAAGAGAAGGAAAACUUACGCGUGAACUAGAGGAAGCAAAGAAUUUAUUGGAAAAACAGAAGCAAGAAGAAUCACUUCUUUUGGAAAAAGCAAAAAACGAGCUUGCUGCUGAAAUUCAAAAGGAGUCAAAGCGUCUUGAAGAAACCAGACAAGAGCUUGAACAACAGCGGGCGAUUGUCACUACUCAAACAGAAAGAGCGGAUAAUGCUAGAGCUGAAUACGAGAAACUGGAAGAAAAACACCGAAUCUCAGAAACAGAACGUCGCAAACAAGAACUUAUUUAUAAACACGAACUGGAAAGUCGAAUGAUGAAGAUUGAAAGUCAGAAAGAAGAACUUGAGAAACUCCAGGAUCAGUUUAAUCAUGUUGAAAAAGUCAUGGAACGUGAACUCGGCGAAGUGAGAGAAAAAAUCUAUGAAGAAAAACGUGCAAAGAUUGAGCAACUUGAUAACGAAGUAAAACGACUAAUGUUACUUCAGACCGAGAGUAAGAUUGCCCGCAAAGCCCGCGAGGAAGAAAGAGUAGCCUUAAAGAUUAUCUGGGACAAAGAAACUAGCAAGAUAUACGAGGAGAAAGAAAUUUUGAAUUCGUUAGAGAACGACCUUAGCAUGCUAGAGAAAGAAAUUGAUGAGAAAAAACAAGCUACGGUCGACUGUGAAGAUCUAGAAGAUGAACGCGUCAGACUUGUAAGAAAAAUUCUUAAGUCGAAGGAAUGCAUAUCUUAUUUAUAUCAAGAGCGUGAAAGUGCGGUUGGAAAGGCACAAAAGCAUCUUCAAAACGCACGGGAGGUUUUAGAUUGGGAAGUAGUUGAAAAGGAUGAAGAAUUAAGGCAACGUCGACUGAUUCUUGAAGAACGUUUAAACGAGCUUGAAGCCGAAGAAGACAUUGCGGCUGACCAAUUGGCCGAGGCAGAAAUCGAAUUUGGAAAUAUAACUUGUGAGAAAGACAGAAUUAUACACAAUGCUCAGGAACAGUUGUAUAAACUAGAAGAAGAGAUAAUGAAGACUGCUCAAAUUGAUGAUGCCGAAUUAAGGGAGAAGAAGAGAAAAUAUGAGGAAGAAUGCAACGAGAGAAGUUUACAAUUGGCUGCCGAAAGGCGAACAGCUGUUGAAUUAAACGAAAAGAUUGAAAAAUUAAAGAGAGAAGAAUCAGUUGAGGAAGCUGAAGUUAAAAAACUUGAAGCCGAAUUAGAAAAACGGAAAAUUAUGUUACGUGAACACGAGGAACAAUGUAUUGUUGAGGAAAAAAAAAUUCAAGAUUUAUUAGCCAUGGCUAGUCGUGAUUGUAAACAAAAACAAGCCAAACGUGAAGCUGAGUUAGAAACUGAACGAAAUAAAGUCAAGGAACUAAAAGACAACAAAGCAAUGACUAUCAAAGAAUACACAAAAAAGAUGAAUCACUACAAAGAAAUGUUAGCGGAAGCACAAAGUAAACUAAAAUCUGACAAAAUGAAGUUGAAAGAAGUCUUGAUGGAAGAGGAAGCUUUGCGUGAGAAAUUCGAGACCGGAGUGGUUUCGAUCGCGCGUAAACUAUCCGAGGGAAUUGAAACCAAACCUGAAGAUCUUUCACUUGAAAGUCUGUGUGUUGACUUUGAAGCAAUGAGUAAUCAUGGCCGUACGGAGAUCAAUCAGAAGGAAGAUGAUGUACAGAAAGAGUUGAAUGAACUAAAAAGCAAUUGUAAGAUUGUGGAAGAAAAUGUGACGAUGGAGGAAAAGGCUAAAGACAUGAUAGAAAAUGAUUUAAAAGAAAUGAGAGAAGUGUUUAGGAAAGAUCGCACAGAGGAAAAAAUGGAGUUAAUGAAGUUUGUGGAAAAGUUUGAUGGAAAUGUAUAUGAGAACGAUAGCAACAUUGAUCCGUUGAUUACGAACCAAGAGUUUCAACAACAGAGCGAAGAGGUUUUGUUAAAACUGGAGCUAGAAAAGAAGAGAUUAUUGUUAGAGAACGAACGACUUGAACGUGAAAAAAUUAAAGAACGAGAGUUAAUUGAGCAAGAGCGUCUGGCCUUGGAACGAGAAAAGAUUGACGAAAUACAAUCAGUAAUACGAGAGAAAGAAAACGAAUUGAAUAGUGUUAAAGAGGAAGCACAAGAGAAGAUUGUAGAGUUGAAAAGGAAGCUGGAAACGUCUGAUAGAGAGAUUGCCCAAUUGCAGCAUAAAGUAAGAAACUACACAAGUAUGAUUAAUUUACCAACACACAACGACUUUGAUGAAGUAUAUGACAACGAUGACGCAGAAAUAGCAAAUUAUUUUUCUCGUAACAGAAAGCUUCGACGCGGCGGCAGUAUUGUCAGUUUGGAUGGAUCAGUUACCCCACCGUCAAUAACACCCCCACCAACUCCUGUGUCAAAGUUCCUGGCCUCCGUCAUUCAUAGUAAACGAAACACGAUUUAUAUUGAAAUUCCUCGCUUCAAGAUACGAGGCAUAGGCCGUGUGUCAUAUCACGUAUUUGAAGUCAAGAUAACCGUUGGAGAUGACACUUGGACUGUUUUUCGACGAUACAGGAAAUUUCGAGAAAUGCAUAACGACAUAAAAAAUAGGCAUCCAGAGGUUCGUGAUGUUAGCUUUCCUCCACGAAGAGUUUUCGGCAACAGAAAUGAAGAUUUCGUUUCAAUGCGUAAAGAAAUGUUAGAGAAUUAUCUACGGGAGAUGUUAAAUCUCUGUUCAACUCUGAGAACUUGUCAUCUAAAUGUUCCAGAAGGACAAACUCUAACAAAAUGGGAUCUUGCUUACUUUCAUAACUUCUUCAAGCAGGGAAUUUUCGAACAAUCCAGAGCAUACAAUGCCUCGUGACAGUUGCCACAGAUAACUCCUGGUAGAUAUUAUGAUCUGAUAUUUCAAUAAGAUUUUUUUAAUUUUCAACUUGAAUACCAAUAUAAAACAAAAGCAAAUCUUCGUAAACAAGAGAAUUUCGUUGAAACACCUGAAUAUAUAUAUUGCAUUAUUUCUUUCUUGCAUUUUUCCAUAUGAGUGUCUUCUGCUAUAUCUAUCCUUUUCGGAAAAGUAUUUAAAUAAAAUUAAUUGUGUAAUUUAUACUAUGUACAAAGUGUGGAAUAAAUCGUAUAUUUAAUAA